AGCACAGCUCAAGGCCACGGCACGGCCAGGUCCGGGCCCGGCCCCGCCCAAUGCGGCUGAGCCAGGACGGGUGCGGCGACGUGGGGGUCGGGGGGCUCGCUGAGGUUCGGUUCGCUUGGGCUCCCGAUGACGAGAUGUUCAGGUCGAAGCAGAAGAGCUGCAUCAAGUUCGACCCGGUCCUGAUCUCGUGGCCCCGCGGCGUCGGGCCCGCCGACGAACCCCCCAGCGGCGAGGAGCCGCAUGGCGGCGGCCAGAAGCCUGGCGCCUGCGCCGCCUCCGACUGCACAGCCAGCGCAUGCCUUCCGGGCCUCGUCGAGGACACCGGCGACGUGUGCGGAGGCGGUUCCCCAGGCGUCCUCCCCCUUGCCAGAGAGGCCAGUCCGAACCCGGAGCCCGAGUACGCCGCUGUCUUCCCCGAAGCGGACACCCUGGAGGGGUGGAUCUCCGGCGCCGAGAGGUGGAUUGCGGGUGGUGGCCAGACGGGCGUGCAGGAGACCUCACCGAGGCCUUCGAGCGCCUCGGGCGCGCGGCGCAGCGCCUGGCCGGGCCGCGGCAGCGCCGGCUGGCCCUGGAGCGCGAGCGGCGCGGCCUGGGCGACUGGCCGCGGGCCGCGGAGGAGCUCGCCGCAGCGUGGAGCCUCGACGGCCUGCAGGCGGAGCGGCUGAGCGCGUGCCAGUUCCAGGGCGGCAGCGAGGGCUCCUGCAGGUCGUCCGAGCUGUCCGAGUCCAUCGUCAAGACGCGGUCGGUCCGGUAUCGCACCAGGCGGGACGGCCAGGACAUUCACAUAGUCUACGGCCUCUGCGAGCUGGAGUGGGAGUUCGACAUGGCCGCGCCUGGGUGCCCGUCACUGGAGAUUAUGUGGGACUCUUUCGGCGGUGAUUUCAGCAAUGUUUCGCCGAACCACCUAGUACAGCUUGAGAAGCAAACUCACCACGACUUCCACACCGCACGUGCAAACAUCGGCAUUUCCAAAAGUGUGCUCCAGUGGGAGGUCAUCCCGCAUGGCGUUUGCUCAAGUGUGUACGUCGGCGUUUGCACGGGCGGCAUGCCGUUGGACGAGCUCGUCCGGAAUGAGGUUUGCCUUUGCCUGCACUCCAAAGGCUAUCUGCACCGCGGCCUCAGCGGGCAGCCUUCGCUGAUGCUGGAGCCUUUUCGCGUGGGCGACGUCUUGGGCUUCUGCCUCGACAUGGACGCGGGCACUCUCGCGCUCUGCAAGAACGGCGUCCACCUUGCGGAUGCGGCUGGCCUCGACGCCAGGCGGGGCCCGCUCUACCCCUACGUCACGGUGGACUAUGCCGGUGAGGGGUGCGAGAUCCGGGCCCUCCAGCCACAGCUGACCGCGGACACGCUGGACGAGCUGCUGGCGUACACGGCCAGGCGCGCCGAGCACCAGUUCUCUCUGCAGCUGCGGCAGCCCGGCGGCCCGAGCAGCGCGGCGGGCGCCGGGAGCAGCUAGCCGCCGGGGUCGCCUCGCGACGGCUGGCCUCUCGCGGCCGGCCUGGCGCCGCGUGCUCGUGCACACGGCGCGUAACUCGGGCGUGUCCCUCCUACAAAAGGGAGAAUUCCAAAAAAUAUCUGUUGUGGCAUUUUGGGGGGCAUUUUUCAGUUUUCGCCCAAGCUCCGCCUGUAGGGGGACACGCUCGCCCUAAGGCUGGCAGGAUCGAGCCAGUUCCGCCCCGAGCGUCACGGUGGAAGGGGAGCCAGUGCCUCGUCGCCUCUUGAGACGCCUCUGAGUCCCGCCCCGAACCGUGUAAUUAGGCUGGUAGAAAGUGUCGGCACGUCAGGGCCGUUUUCCGCAUGUAUGGCGGGGCCAGACUGGGUGCGCACCGCUAUUCACAUACUGUUUCUGGUGCCCAUGAUCGCACGAGACGAUCGCCAUGUAUCACCUCACGUCACGCUGCGACGAUCGCCGUGUAUCACCUCACCCCACGCCGCGUAGCGUUUCUUCGCGCUGUCUGCAGCUACGGCUGACCCAACCCGGGCAAUGACAAUGCUAGCCCCGACCCAGCAAGCCGUUGACGCCGCGUCAGAUGCCGAUCAGGGUAUUAGCGAUAUCGUUGCCACUGCGCAUGCCAAGUGCUGUGCAAGGCGCCGUGAUUCAGGCUUCUGUAGUUUCUGAUGUUUCUUGCACCUGUAAGUUAACCAGCGGCAGUGCCCUUUGUUGGGCCCGCGUCAGAGGACGUAGGCCGUGGCACCAGAUCUACAAAGUUUGAAGCCUUGGGAGCACACAGUUGCCUUCAAGGUUCGGCUGGAGACUUCCCCAGGGAAUCUGUCAUAAAGGUACACGCGCGGGAACGCGUUCGACUUCGGCGGCGUCGUUCGGAGAGCGCAGGCGGGG